AUGGCUGAUGACGAGUUGAUAUUAUUGGUGAGACAUCCUCCUCAGAAGAAUAGUCUUCAACCAAGACAACAUCACCUUUGGCCCUCAUCUCCAAGCUCUCGUCAUCAUGAAGUUCAACCAUUUCUUUCUCGGGCAUGGGUAGAGAUACCUUUAGCUCCUAUUCUCCCCUAUGCCGAGGAUGUGUUUGAUGGUCGACACUGUCAUUCAAGUUUCAGAAGGUUAGAUGUUGUCAUUGAUAUGACUAGCAUACUAGAUAAGCAGCCACAUUUUAGGCAACUCGUGCUUGCUGGUAAAGAUAGUAAGGAUGGUGAACAAGUAGUAGCAACUCUUGGUGCACAAGUGAGAAAGUUGUUUGGAAGUCCCGAGUUUAUAAAGGCAUUUGAUCCUAUGAUGUUAGCAUACAUUAACACGUUCUCAUUGGAUGAAAAUGACCAAGUACAAAUGGAAUAUCUGAAGAGUGAUGCCUUGUUUGGAUUCUUUUUGGCAGAGGUACAAGACUUUUUUCAUAUGAGGUUUUAA